CACGGCUCUCUGUGGGUCCCCGGCCUCUCGUCCAGCCACACUGCUGGUCCUGGAGCAUACCAGACUCCCUUCUGCCUCCGGACCUUUGCACCCGCUGUUCCCGUGCUGACCCGCUUCCCCAGAUUCUGCAUGACUGGCUCCCUCACGUACGCCUACUCCGAAUUUUCCUCCAGAUGUCGCCUUCUCAGGGAGGCCUUCCUGCCCACCCGAGUUUUACACACCCCCUCUUCCCUGCUGCGCUUUCUGGCUUUGCACUUAUCGCUGCUCGACGUACUGUGCAUUUAUUCACGCCAUUCAUUGGCUGUGGCCAUCCUCACCCCGUGGGCAUGUCCGAGGCCUGGAACUGAUGUCCAUCUUGCUCACCAGCGGCUAAGGGUCUGCAACAGUACCUGGCAUGGAGGAGGUGUUCGGCAAGUACUUGUCAAGUGGAUAACUUACUUGCAGUCGCACAGCCCUGAGAGUGGCCACAGCCCUGAGAAUGGCGGUGCCAGAAUUUGAACCUGGGUUUGUCUGGCUUUGAAUUCGGAGUGGGGGUGGAGGAGACCUGGGGACAAAAGCAGCACCUUAGGGCCAGACCAUGGGGAGGAGAGAAAGGAGCCUCCCGUCAGUCUAUGCACUCAGCAACGACCAGAAAAUUGCUGCAUGACCUGGAGCGACCAGAAAAUUGCUGCAUGACCUGGAGCGACCAGAAAAUUGCUGCAUGACCUGGAGCAUCAGCUCUCCCUGGAAGCCCCCCAGGACCUGCCCAGACCGAAGACCAUGAACAAGAUGAAGAACUUUAAGCGCCGCUUCUCCCUGUCAGUGCCCCGCACAGAGACCAUCGAGGAGUCCUUGGCUGAGUUCACAGAGCAGUUCAACCAGCUCCACAACCAGCGGAACGAGGACCUGCAGCUGGGCCCCCUGGGCAGAGACGCCCCCCCAGAGCUCCGCGCCCUGUCCCCCGCAGACAGCGUGGAGGAGCCUGGACAGCCUUCCCCAGAUGUGCUCUACCGCCGGCAGAACCAGCGCCGCUUCUCCAUGGAGGACAUCAGCAAGAGGCUGUCCCUGCCCAUGGAUAUUCGGCUGCCCCAGGAGUUCCUGCAGAAGCUCCAGCUGGAGAACCCAGACCUACCCAAGCCGCUCAGCCGCAUGUCCCGCCGCGCCUCCCUGUCAGACAUCGGCUUUGGGAAGCUGGAAACGUACGUGAAACUGGACAAACUGGGAGAGGGCACCUAUGCCACAGUCUUCAAGGGGCGCAGCAAGCUGACAGAGAACCUCGUGGCCCUGAAGGAGAUCCGGCUGGAGCAUGAGGAGGGGGCGCCCUGCACGGCCAUCCGCGAGGUGUCUCUCCUGAAGAACCUGAAGCACGCCAACAUCGUGACGCUGCACGACCUCAUCCACACCGACCGGUCCCUCACGCUGGUCUUUGAGUACCUGGACAGCGACCUGAAGCAGUACCUGGACCACUGCGGCAGCCUCAUGAGCAUGCACAACGUCAAGAUUUUCAUGUUCCAGCUGCUCCGGGGCCUCGCCUACUGCCACCGUCGCAAGAUCCUGCACCGGGACUUGAAGCCCCAGAACCUCCUCAUCAACGAGAGGGGGGAGCUGAAGCUGGCUGACUUCGGACUGGCCCGGGCCAAGUCAGUGCCCACGAAGACCUACUCCAAUGAGGUGGUGACCCUGUGGUACAGGCCCCCCGAUGUGCUGCUGGGGUCCACAGAGUACUCCACCCCCAUUGACAUGUGGGGCGUGGGCUGCAUCCACUACGAGAUGGCCACAGGGAGGCCCCUCUUCCCGGGCUCCACAGUCAAAGAGGAGCUGCACCUCAUCUUCCGCCUCCUCGGCACCCCUACAGAAGACACGUGGCCUGGAGUGUUGGCCCUCCCUGAGUUUAGAGCUUACAACUUCCCCCGCUACCUGCCGCAGCCGCUCAUCAGCCACGCUCCCAGGUUGGAUACCGACGGCAUCAGCCUCCUAACCAGCCUCCUCCUAUAUGAAUCCAAGAGUCGAAUAUCUGCAGAAGCUGCCCUGAGUCACCCCUACUUCCGGUCUCUGGGAGAGCGCGUGCACCAGCUUGAAGACAGAGAUCCAGCUGCAGAAGGACCCAGGUUACCGCAGCCUGGGCUUCCACCAGACAGGACGAGGGAAGAACCGGCGGCAGAGCAUCUUCUGAUGUGUGCCCUCUGCCAUGGCGGGAGGAACAAGAGGUCACGUCGAGCACCAGUUUGGGUAGGAUGGGGCCGGUCCCCCUUGGAGGACUGAGCACUGAGGGCCAAUGGCCAGCCCGGAAGACUGUGUAGCAGCCCUGCCAGCCCCAGCUGUUUGCUGUCUCUGAUCCACAUGCCUCCCGGUGGCCUUCACCCAGAGAGUGACCCUUCCGUCACCUGCCUAGCUGGGAACAAGCUACCUCCCUGAGGGGGCAGGGAGGGACUUCAGACCUUCUUCUGGCAGCUCAGGACCUGCGUGGUAGAGAGUCCAGGCACCAGGCUGAGGGUGUGCCCUGCACUCGCUGCACCAUGCUGUCCUGGGGCCAGCCUGCCUUGCCAGCGUGGCAGACCCCUCUGACCCCACAGAGCCCAUGUGUUUCGCAUCCUUCCCAUUAGAGCAAGAAGGGACAUGGCACCUUGUCUGGGGCCCUGGAACCCUGGGGGGCCAGCAUCCCCAGAACAGCAGGAGGAGGAGUGGCCCCACGUCCUCUUCUCAUCACCCUGCCCUCACUCCCCUCCUUGCCAAGGGCCCCUGUACCCUCGGCUUGAACCCAAGCUGAGCGAUACUGGUGGUCACCGGAUGCCCAGCUGCACCCAGGAGUGGCUGCCACCGCCAGCUGUACCACUGUUCCCCAGCUGUCCUCACCCGUCUUCCCCGUCUGAAUGGAGGUGCCUUAGGUCAGCAGGUGGAGGCAUGCUCACUGCCCUUGGAGCUCAGACCCAGGCUCCUACCUGUCUACCCCUACCCGGAGCUGCUCCUGCUAAUCUUAACUUAUCCCUAAGCACUGAUAAGCCAGUCCUGGGUCAGCAUCCUGAGGACAGCACCCAGAUACACAGGGUCACCCUGACAAUGGGGCCAGGCUGGCCUCCCUCACCCCUCCUUCCCAGCCCUGGGGUCCUGUCCACUAGAUCCCUGUACCAGUCUCCAGGCCUCCUGGGGUGGUCACAGAGGGAGGUAGAGGAAGGAGGUGUCCAUGCAGGCUUUGAUCUUCAGAGUCCCAUCGCUGGGGACAGGGAGCCCCAGAGGCUGCAGAAGGUACAGGCCAAGGGGAGGUCAGGGCCUGCCUUCCCACACGAGCCCCUGCCCGCCUGAGGAGCGGCCGGAGAGCCUCGGGCUCCCCUCCACCCCCACUGCUCCCACUGUACUGUGAAGGUCCUGUGACGCCGAGAAGACAGAUAAUAUAUUUAAUUCACGGACA